GUUUCCCCUCACCAGACCCGAUCUUUGCAAGAAAUGGGAAGCCGCUGUUAAAAGGAAAAACUUUAAGCCAACCAAGUAUAGCAGCAUCUGCUCAGAACACUUCACUCCUGACUGCUUUAAAAGGGAAUGCAACAACAAGCUUCUGAAAGAAAAUGCUGUGCCCACAAUAUUUUGUUAUACCGAACCCAGUGAAAAGCCUGAAGAGUUUGCAGAACAGCCAGAAGGUCCAGUACCACCUCCUCCACCACCACCCCCUCCCCCGCCACCGCCCCCUCCAGCAGCAGCUCCAGUUCCACUACCAACAUCUCCAUCAACUCCUUCUUUUCAUUUAUCUCAAAUAGAUGCCAGGUUUGUCGAUCCAAGUAUUGGGUUAUUGAUGCCUCCUCUCCAGACCCCUAGCAAUCUUGCUGUUUUUUGUGAUCACAACUAUACUGUAGAAGAUACAGUUCAUCAGCGAAAAAGAAUUCAGCAGCUGGAGGAACAAGUGGAAAAACUGCGGAAGAAGCUCAAGACAGCACAACAGCGGUGCCGGCGUCAGGAAAGACAAAUUGAAAAACUGAGGGAGAUUGUUCAGUUUCAGAAGGAAAAAGACAUAUUGGCAGGAAAAGGCUACGUGAUUGUGCCCAAUGACUAUUUUGAAGUUGUGGAAGUACCUGCCUAG